AUGAAGAAAGUCCUUUAUAUCCCUAAACACAUUGGACAUUCAAGAUUCAGAAACAAUGAUGAGGAAAGAAAUGGUAUAAAAUCAAACCAAGAACUUUUUGGAUUCAAGUUUGGACAAAGCCCUUUAAACAGGCAACCUUUAAUUAAGCAGGAUAAGUGCAAUGACAAUUCUAAGGCCCAAGGAGAGAGAAACCAACACCAAUUGGAAGGAUCUAAAAGCCAAUCAGAAAAAAAUCGGUACUAUUCAGAGAGAUCUCGAGGCCAAUCAGAGAGAUAUCGUGGCCGAGCAGAGAGAUCUCAUCACCAAUCAGAGGGAUUUCAUGGUCAAUCAGAGAGAAAUCGUGGCCAAGUAGAGAGAUCUCGUAGCUACACAGAAAGAUCUCAUGGCCAAUCAAGGAGAUCUUGUGGCCACUCUAAGAGAUUUUAUGGUCGCUCAGAAGAUCUCCUGACCAUUUAAAGAGAUCUCAUGUCCUAGCAAAGAGAUCUUAUGGCCAAUCAAGGAGAUUUUAUGGUCAAUCAGAGAGAUCUCAUGACCAAUCAAGGAGAUAUCGAAGCUACUCACCAGUAGGAAUUGAGUCUGAAUUUGACAGGUAAAAAUAUGUCACCGGAAAAUGACCACAGCUCCUAUGAAAAUUUUCGAAGACGUGAAAGCUGUCCCACAAGCCAGUCUCUUGACCUGACCCUGGAGAAUCCGUCAGCAUCUGGUCCUCAGGGCCGAUUUUGGACCUGGAGUGAGCCAAAGGUUUGGAAUGCAGAUAAGGAGAGGAAACCUUGCCGAUUCAGGAAAGAGGUCAGCUACAACAUUGGAGGCCAAGAAGAAGAAAAGGUACUCUGGGAAGCAGGAGCAUGUCUCCAAGUUUUCUGUGGUGAAAGGAGACAGAUGAGAAUUGAUAUCCAUUUCCAGUCAAAUGAGUGGAACCAUGUUACUUCCACCGCCCCUUCCUAA